GUGUUUAAUAAGCCGCCUUUGUAAGAGAGAAGAGGGAGAGAAAGAUCAAGGGAGAACAAGAAAAACGAAUUGUAACGACUUAUCGCGACCUUUCUCGAGACCGGUAUCGCUGUCAUGAUGGAACGGCUUCGUCGUUCCUAUAAUACACGCGAUUGUCACGCGGUCGACGACUGACGAUAAACAUACACAGGCAAACAAGAAGAUUCGCAAUCGAAGCCUCUGUCUGUCGUUGUGGAUCGACAUUUCGCAGUCAUCGCGAUCGAUUCGACGUGUCUCUUCGAAGAGCCUCUUGGAGUACGUCUCUCUUCGCAGUUCAAGUAUCAGUGCGGAGUAUUUCCGGUCAAUAACGCGAAAAUGAGUCAAAAGUCGGUUCCAGCGAAGCUCACAGUCGCCGAAUCUUUCGAGAGAUCGAAGAAUGUUGUAUGCGAAAUAAAAGAGUGUUGCUUGAAGAAGAAGAUAGUACUGAGCGAAAUACCGAUGGAGAAAACAAAGGAGAUUGCAAUUAAAGCAACAAAAAUACACGAAGCGCAGAAAGCAAAAUCUACGAAGGAUGAUAAAUCUGACAAAGCGAUUCCUACAAAAGCUCCUGAAGAGAGUCCUAUGAAGAAUAUAAAACUAGCUCAGGCUUCUGAAGCUAUGAAAGUGCGCGAAGCGCUGAAGAAAGAAUCUCCGAAAGACAUUAAGUUAGAAACUCCCGCCGAGAUUCCUAAGAUUACAAAAAUACUCGAAACUUCGAAGACAGAGUAUACGAAGAAGGUUAAAGAUGACAAAUUGACAAUUUCUACGAAGGAUUCUGCAGAAAGUUAUGUUAAAAAUACAAAACCAGUUGAGGCACUUGAAGUUAUAAAAGCGCACGAGACACUAAAGAAAGAAUCUCCAAAGGAUAUCGAAGAUGAUCAAUUAAAGAUCCUCUCUGAACUGAAGUCCCUCACUCUUGAGUCUUUUCAAUCCCUCUCACUCUCUACAGAAGUGCUAGAAACACUGAAGACAGAGUCUACUGAGACUGUUAAAGAUAAUAGUUCGGAAAUUUCUUCUGAGGACUCUGAAGAAAGUAAUGUCAAGGAUAUAAAACCAGCUAAAGAUGAGAAGAAAACAAAGAAGAUUCCCGUUCUUAGAAAGGACUUGCUCAAUCCUUGGGAUCUUGGCGCGCGUAAAAUUUGGCGGCCCAUAUCGAAACCGAACUUGGACGAGAGUCCUUUGAUCCUGGCAAUACAUCUAGUGCCUUCAUUGCCAAUCGAGCUCUUCGAAGUGUUUGCGGAAAUUAUCGAAGUCGUCACGAAGAAACCGGUCGUUCUGUUGUACGAGACUAGAUUUGGACGACCGGUUGCCAAGGAUGUCGUCGAUAUAGCUAUCUUGCCAGCGGCCGAUGAUUGGAACGAUGGUGUUCUUCUACCCGUCAGCUUCGUUUUCGAGCAUCAUCUGAACAAGAGCAACUCGCCCCACGUUUACGUCGACAUAAUCCUCGCGGAUGAUCGCGCUCCACACGUUGAAAAUAUUAUGGACCUGCGAGGACACAGAUGCGCCAUUCCAAACAGAUGCGACAAAAUCUGCGCCACUUCAUUGCUCUUCAAUUAUUUGCGCACGAGAGGCGAGAACCCGGCGUUUUUCGGAAAUAUACUUGAUGGUAAUUCGCAACUUGAUGUGUUGCGAAUGGUUGUCGGGAAGCCGGCGGAAGUGGGUGUCGUGGAUGCACCGGUAAUCAGAUGUCACAAGAUGAACAUAAUCGGCGCAGAGUUUCUUCAAAUCCUUGCCAGUCUGGGACCUCUACCGCCUUAUCGCAUCAUGAUCAACAAAGUGCUAGUAGAUGUACUCGCCAAAGAGCUCACAACUUAUCUGCUAAAUAUCAAUCAGCACAAGGAAUGGAUGGACAGACUGUCAUUCUUCGGCAUUGUCGGUUUUGCCGAAAAUUCACUAGAUUUUUACAACCUGGACGACGUAAAAUCCGUAGCUACUAGCGUACCUUACUACUAAGCUUGUUUUAUAAUACAUAUUUAUUAUUUAUCUCUCUCCUAGUUUUUAUAUAUACUUUCUUUUAUUUGGGUUUUUUUCAAUAAUAUAAUCUUUUAUUAAAUCUAAAUAAAUAUAAUAAUUCACAAUUUUAUCCUCGGCGAUUAUAUACACGAUUCGUUAAAAAAAAAAUCUCUCUCUCUCUCUCGUCUCUCGCUCGCUCACUUAUUCUCUUUCAUUCUUUUUCUUUUGCCCAAUUUCGCUUCCUCUCUCGCGAUAGUACACGUUCCGGUCAACUAGAUUGAUCCACGAUCGAUACGUAUAGAAUAAAGUAUUAUCAAAAUCCAUUUUGUGUGUAAAUUGUAUCCACCUUGUUUUUUUAAUUAAAUAAAUUUUUGUAA